CUGCCACUCAGGAGCGAAAAUGCCCGGAGACUGCUGUGGCUGCUGCGGAUGGAAGGGCAGCAGGGCUGGGUAGGGUCUGGUCUGAGUGCGCAGUGGAUGGUGAGGGAGAAAAAACCCAUUGGCGUUUGUUUUCGUGAUGGGGAUCAUAUUGAGAUGCAAUUGGCACACUUUUAUGGAUGCAUGCUUUAUGAUCAAUUCAAGCCCAUCUGUGUUCAGUGAUAGGAGCCUGAUCAGGCAAAUUAGAAGCGUUUACUUUUUUGUAGCAUCUCUAGCGUAAACAAAUUGUUGCACCAAAUGCAACGUUUUCCUCAGUUCAGUUUCGUCGGCCCUUGACUGUCAUCUUUUGGUGCAUAUUUCUCUUAAGCCUUCAUCGUCAGUAACUCUGCAGGAAAGCACAAUGCUGACCAGUAUCACCGAAGGGAUUCUGUGCUGCCUGACUGGGAAGGCUGCCAGUCUGGUCUUGCCCCUGGAGUCAUCAGAACCCUCUAAUGGUUUUGAGUUUGUGGAGGUGAAACCUGGGAGAGUCCUACGGGUGCGGCACAUAGUCCCUGAGCGUCAGCCUAUAGUAACAGAAGAGCAAGAUGCAGGCAAGGAGAAGACGGAAGGCGACUGUGAUGAUGACGGCUCUCCUGAGGAUUCUAAUAAUGAGAGCAAGAGCAGUGUCCACUGCAAGAGGAAGAUCACAGUCUACCGCAAUGGCCAGCUUGUGAUCGAGAAUCUCGGUGAUGUUUUGCACUCUGAGAUCCUGCAGUGUCAGGAUGGGGAUCUGGAGCCUUGUAGCACUGUAGAGGUGGAGCUUGCUGACUACAAAGAAAUGCCCUCUUCUCCAGACCCCAACCCUGUUCCUCCUCCAGUUCCUUCACCUCUUGGGGAACAGAAACCUGCUCCGCCUCCUCGCCGCCGCCGUCGUAAGCCCAAACGCACUGUGCUAAUCGACUCAAAGAGGGUGAUCUCAAGCUGCAAAGGGACACACUCAGACGUAGCGCUGUUCUUCAUGCAUGGCGUGGGGGGUUCUCUGGACAUUUGGAGUAGCCAGAUGGACUUCUUCUCUCGGCUUGGCUAUGAGGUCAUCGCGCCUGACCUGGCGGGACAUGGCGCCAGCACUGCCCCACAGAUUGCAGCAGCUUAUACUUUUUAUGCCCUUGCAGAGGACCUUCGUGCCAUCUUUAAGAGAUAUGCUCGUAAACGCAACAUUCUCAUUGGCCACUCAUAUGGAGUGUCAUUUUGCACCUUCCUGGCCCAUGAAUAUCCUGAUCUGGUCCAUAAGGUGGUGAUGAUCAAUGGAGGGGGUCCCACAGCUCUUGAGCCCAGCCUAUGCUCCAUCUUCCAGCUGCCAUCUUGUGUCCUGCACUGUUUGUCACCCUGUCUGGCCUGGAGCUUCCUCAAAGCUGGAUUUGCCCGUCAGGGUGCCAAAGAAAAGCAACUGUUGAAGCAGGGCAAUGCCUUCAAUGUGUCUCCAUUUGUCCUGCGAGCCAUGAUGAGUGGCCAGUACUGGCCUGAGGGGGAUGAGGUCUACCAUGCUGAGCUCACUGUGCCCAUCCUUCUGGUUCAUGGCAUGUGUGACAAGUUUGUGCCCAUGGAUGAGGACCAGCGCAUGGCAGAGAUCCUCCUGUUUGCAUUCCUAAAAGUCAUUGAAGAGGGCAGUCACAUGGUCAUGAUGGAAUGUCCUGAUACCGUUAACACCCUCCUCCAUGAGUUCUUUCUAUGGGAACCUGACAUGUCCAAAAAAGAUAGCGGCAAGACAGACACAGAGAAGACCGUUGCUCUGAGUGACACUCUCCACUCAUUGAAAAUCAAUAAGGCUAUGGACAAAUAAUCAACAAGGAGUUUAGUUUUAUCACAGAACCAAGCAGAAGGCCUUUUUCGGCAUGUGUUCUUAAGGCUGCUCCCAGGCUGAGAGCUGUUAUUAGCAGGGCCACAUCUUAAGGAUGUGGACAGCCACUGGUGCUCCAAGAUAAAGCAGGACUUAGGCAUGGUGCCAACCAGAGAAAGAUGGAACGAACAUAAAGAUAAGCAGGAUGGAUACACAGUUUCUGCUUUGCUUUUUGAUACCAGUUUGUGCUCCAUCGCGUCAUGUUUGCAAAAUGAUACAACACCUUGAGGUCAAAAGGACUAUGUCCAUUCAUGAUUUGUGUAUGAAAUGUUUCUGGUGAAGAACUGACUACUACAAGAUGUGAAAAACCAUGAAAUGGUGUGCGAAUUUCCUCGCCUUUAUCUAAAAAUAUUCUGUAGUACUGCAGAGCUUCUGUCCUUUACAAAAUGGUCUUACAUCUACUUUCAAUGGGAAACUGGCAAAAUAAUAUGCAGUGAAUUGAGGAUUUACAGAUCUGAUUUUCCAGUAUGAUGGUGAAGGACAGCUUAUAAUAAGAAAGUGUUGAUAAUAAUAAUUUAUUAUCAAAUACUGACUGGAUGGUAUUCAGAAAUGGUUUAAACACAUUAAAUAUAUACUGAUGUACAUGCAAAAUGUAACUAAAUAAUUGCACCACAUGCAAACAUAGAUCAUAUUAUGCCAGAAGGAGAAACUUGAUUGUUAAUCUGCAAUUUAGCCACCUAUUAACCACAUCCAUACAGUGUGCAUUGUACACCAUAUGAAAAAUGAAGACUCACAAUCACAGCUAUUGUCAACAUAAUUGGCUCAUAUAUUUCCAAAUUACAGCAAUUAAUUUUCCAUAUGUUGAACUCUAAUGUAAAAUCUAAAUCCAAAAGUUUUGUGUGUCUUUGUAAAGCACAAUGUAACCAAUUUAUCAGUUCAUAGUUGCAUGAAAAUUAAGUAAUAUUCAAUGACAGAUGUGUGUGAACUGGUUACCAAAACAAAUGCAAACAAAAAUGGAUGCGAAAAGGUUCUACGUCUUUAUUCUAGCAGCCAUUUCCUCAAUAGUAAAUAUUAUCCUAAGGAUACAAAUUACUAAGACCCUGCAUGAGUUCAGAAUAUGAAAAGGUAUGAAGGUUGUUUUAAACAGUUGCAAUAUAUUCUCAUAUUGAAAAAAUCCCGGUGCACUCUUUCCUUAUGAAAUAAGUGUUAUUUUGCCUUUAUUCUGAAAUAACAGCAACUGCCAUAAGUAAUUGUGGUUGUAUUGACCGCUUCAAGCUGUUGUGUCUCUAAGUUGAUACAUGCAAAACAAGAAUGUGUUCCCCUACUACUCUCCACUCCACCCUAUUUAUGUAAUAGUGUCAGACAGAAAGAAUGAGCUAAACAUUAUGCUCAUUAAUUCAUGGGUGCUGCUUUGUCUCAUAGUGGGACAGUAAGGUGUGAGUAAAAGCACAGUCUAAUAUUAUGCCACGUGACAGUGCUUAUCUGUUGACUGGAAAGUUAAAGUGUAAAUUGGUGGAUUUGUUAGACCGGGUGUAAAAAGCUUAAAUUCAAACAUGAGUCAGCCAGAAGAGAAAGUCCCCUAAAAAGAGGGACGUUUGUUCUGACUAUGCUGGUCUGUUAUAUAUGCAUUUUGACAGAAUGUGGAUGCAACAUGACAGGCCUUAUGCAACUGGAACAAAAUAGAGAGAAAUAGAGUGGAAACAAGCUGACCUGGCAUUGACACCACAAAAACAUUAUAAAAACCAACAAGUGCUGCUAAUGCAAUUGUACUGUAUGUCUCCUUUGGUGUAAAAGGUCAUUAAAACGGUAUGGACUACAGGGUGCACAUGUACUUCCUAUUAAUGCUAAACCUGUGCAUAUACAAAUUGUCAGUGCUCAUAUGUGCUAAAUCUUUUUGUGGUUAACAAAAUGUGUUAAUGUUACUGUUGCAUUUAUUCAUGGGAAUCAACAAUAUAUGCACUGCCUAAAUGUAGAUGCAUAUAACAUUAUAUAGCCUAUCAAAACAGUUGGAUUCAGUGUAUGAAUGUGCCUUUCCUGGCAUGAAAUAAAACAGAUGUUC